ACUGCGGAAGGCGGCGACGGUGGGUGCACAAGUCUAACAGCCCAGGGUGUCGAUGCCUCCGGUGCUAAGGACGUCAGCGACCAGCUGACCUCUCAAGAGCAAAUUGAGGGCACACAGAACGACACCCAGCAGUCAGCUGCUGAGUCCAAGCCAGAGGAGGCAAACGAUGCACAGGGCAUCGAGAUGCCAGAUGACUUUACUGGUGACCUUGACGACAAGGAAGGUGCACUCGAAGGAGAAGAAGAAAAAGAGCGCAAAGAGGAGGCUGAUUCUGGAUUGGACGAGAAAAUGGGUGAGAAUCAGGAUCUGCAGCCGGACGAGGAGCAGCUCAGCAAAGAAAUGUGGGGUGACGAUGAAGAAGCGGAAAGUGACCAAGAAGAAGAUCAGAAUGACCGUAAAGAUGCCAAAUCGUCGUCAGCUGGUGUCAAAGAUCCGGCAGGCAAGUCGAAUCAGUCAAAGUCCACAGCAAAGGAAGAGGGAGGAGCAGACGACAAGUCGGCGGAUGAGGAUGGAGAGGACGAAGAGCAGCAACAGCAGCAGCGGCCACGCGACGAAGAAGAUGAGUCUUCGCCGGAGGCAGAUGAAAAAAAGAAAAAGAAAAAACAGAAACUAGAUGCUACAAGUGAAGCCGGACAGGAGACAGUUGCUGGAGAGGAGGGUGAGGAGAACCAAGAGGAAAACGCUACUGACGGACUUCCGAACCAGCCUCCGGAUGCUGACGCAAUGAAGAAGGACGAAGAGCUGCUUGCCCAGGGUGAAGCCGAUCGUCUGAAGUCAGAGGAAGAACAGGAGAAUGAGGCUGAACCCAACGGCCCGGAUGAUGUCGAAUUUGGUGAGAAUGAGGACGCUCAGCCGCAUCCGAAUGAAUUCGAUAACUUGGAUGAGACGAAUCGUCCGGAGGAAGAAAUCGAUUUAAAAAACCAACCGAUGGAUGUCGACGAACCAGAGAAAGAUGGCACAGAGGACGGAGAUGUGGAAAUAGAUGAAGCAGACUAUCUCAUCCCUGACAUGCCCUCACAGCAGCAGGAUCCGAGUGCAAAAAUGGAUUUAUCGGCUCCAAACCAGAAUACGGCGGAUAACAUGCCUCCAUUGGAGGGUGCUAGUGUAGGUUCCGCCGUUCGUGGCAGCGAGGACAAAUUCUCGCUCGGUGCACAGAACCCCACAUCUCCAAAUCCACAAUUCGAGGAAUCUGGCGACCAAAGGUCUGCCCACCAGCGUGACCAGGAAGCCUCCUCAACUGAUAAGCCAGAGGAAGAGGCUGCUGACGCCGAAAACACAGAUGUUGUACAGCACAUUGAGGAAGCGGACAGCAACAGCACCAUGACGGCUUUUGAUGCUGCAACAGACGCGCAAAAAGAAGCAGCCGGUGGCGACGGCCAACAGCCCGAAACGGAACCGUCAGCUAAACCUGGGCUCGACACCGAGUCUGUUCUGCCUCGUCAGCUGCCUGAGGAGGAGUCGACAAUCAAGCCGCCUCCACCGUCAUUCAACGAUUCGGGUCUGCCUAAUCAGCCCCCUGAGGAGGAUAGCUCAGCAGCGCCGGGUGCUGAUGUCCGGACACUGCCAAAGCCGGAUAUGGAUUCACAGAUUGCCCAUAUCGAAUAUCUGCGAACCUAUUUUAACCUCAACGAGACCAACGUACUUCCCACACAGCAAACCCAACCACCGGGGACAUUUCUCUUAACUGUCCUUGUUGAUACCGUUCUCCAAUCCUGUUUGCUCCGUCGUUAG